AUGGAAAAGCUAAACUUGCCAGAAUGGAACGAUAUCGAAAGAUAUUUUAAAGACCCGGAGUUGCUUACAGCAGAAAUAUUAUUUGUAGCUCUGACCUUAUGUAACGUUUUUGUUAUGUACAGGUUAUUUUUAGAUGUUAUACCAUAUCCUAUUUUUGUUACAUGGUGGCAAUUGGCACAAGGGUUAUUAGUUGCAUAUGUGUGUGGAGAGCUGGGUCGUGAAUUUCCCAAAUUUGCAUAUUUUCCAAAAGUGGAAAUUAAUGAAAAUAUGUUGAAGGUGUUAUUUGUACCAUCUAUUUUUUACUGUUUGAUGCUUGUAUUGUCGAAUUAUUUAUUAUUUAAAACACCUUGUAUAGCAUCUUAUCCUGUACUUGUAAGUUUUACUGUUGUCUUUCAUCAUCUUACUCGUUUUAUUGGAUGCGGAGAAGAAUAUAUGCCUUUAAGAUGGAAAUCAAUUGUAUUUUUAUUAGCUGCAUUUAUUAUUGGCUGUUUUGAUUCAAAAAUAACAGGAAAAGGAGUUAUAAUAUGGGCAUUAUUAUAUGCAUUAUUUUCAGCAAUAUUUAGAGCUGGGUUUAUGCAAAAAAUUAUGCAUUUAGUAGAUGGAAAGGGAAAUACUUUACAUAAUAAUCAGCAUUUACUUGGUGUAUUAAUAUUACCAAUAUUGAUAUUAUUAUCAGGAGAAUGGACAGUGUUUGCACAUAUGCCAUAUAAUAUUACAUUAUUACAUACCUGGCAAACAUGGGGUUGUUUAGUAACAGUUGGAACAUUACCAUUUAUAAAGAAUGUUAUUUCAAAUAGAUUAGUUAGAAGGACAGGUCAAGGACCAUGGAGAAUUUUAGAAAUUAUAUCUAUUAUAUUUGUAUUUUUUAUCGGUAUGACUUAUAAUGCACCUUCCUUUAAAGGUUACUUAGCUAUAAUAUGUGUAAUUAUAGGUAGAUGCCUUGGAGCAUUUGAUGUAUUAUUAAAUGCAUCAGAUUAUAUGCUUGCAGAAGAUGAACGUAAGAGGAAAACAUCUAAAUCUAAUUAUGCAAAAAGUAGACAAGGAACACAAGCAUCCAAACCAUUUUUAUCCGGAGGGGAACAUGAAGAUGAUGAAGAAAGUUCUUUUAGUUCUAAUGAUAGCAAAAGUUACCAAGGCUCACAAAAUUAUGAUGACAAAGAGAGUAUAAAUAGUAGCUCUCAACAAUAUAGUGUUCAUAAAGGAACAACUAGCAGAAUGGAUAGUUCAUCUAAUCAAACAAGUAAUGAUCCAAUGUCCGCUGACGAGAGCAGGAUGGGAAGUGAACGCAAAGCAAAUGAAAGAGGUGCGAGUUUCCACACCAAGUCCAAGUUGUCCAGAAAUUACUCCUCAAAGCAACAAGAAAUGGUGGAUUCGCAGGCUUGA